AUUUCUUACAUCGACCCCCUUACUGUCGAAUUGUAAGAAUUUCUACCGAGGAGCUCCACCUCUCCACCGCUACUUCAACACAACAAAAUGCGUGAGUGUAUCUCUAUCCACGUUGGUCAGGCUGGCGUCCAGAUUGGCAAUGCCUGCUGGGAGCUUUACUGUCUGGAACAUGGGAUCCAGCCGGACGGACAGAUGCCCAGUGACAAGACCAUCGGCGGAGGAGAUGAUUCCUUCAACACCUUCUUCAGUGAGACUGGAGCUGGAAAGCACGUCCCCAGAGCAGUUUUUGUCGACCUGGAGCCCACUGUUAUCGAUGAGGUGCGCUCUGGGACCUACCGCCAGUUGUUCCACCCUGAGCAGCUGAUCACUGGCAAGGAGGAUGCUGCCAACAACUACGCCCGAGGACACUACACCAUCGGCAAAGAGAUCAUCGACCUGGUGCUGGACAGGAUCCGCAAACUGGCUGACCAGUGCACCGGCCUUCAGGGCUUCCUGGUCUUCCACAGCUUCGGAGGUGGCACCGGCUCUGGUUUCACCUCCCUGCUGAUGGAGCGUCUGUCUGUCGACUACGGCAAGAAGUCCAAGCUGGAGUUCUCCAUCUAUCCAGCUCCCCAGGUGUCCACCGCUGUGGUGGAGCCCUACAACUCCAUCCUGACCACCCACACCACCCUGGAGCACUCUGACUGUGCCUUCAUGGUCGAUAACGAGGCCAUCUAUGAUAUCUGCCGUAGAAACCUUGAUAUUGAGCGUCCCUCAUACACCAACUUGAACAGGCUAAUUGGUCAGAUUGUGUCCUCUAUCACUGCCUCCCUUCGUUUCGAUGGUGCCCUCAAUGUUGAUCUGACAGAGUUCCAGACCAACUUGGUGCCAUAUCCCCGUAUCCACUUCCCUCUGGCCACCUAUGCCCCCGUCAUCUCUGCUGAGAAGGCUUACCAUGAGCAGCUCUCAGUGUCAGAAAUCACCAACGCCUGCUUUGAACCAGCCAAUCAGAUGGUGAAAUGUGACCCUCGCCACGGCAAAUACAUGGCUUGUUGCCUUUUGUACCGUGGUGAUGUGGUGCCCAAAGAUGUUAACGCUGCCAUCGCCACCAUCAAGACCAAGCGCACCAUCCAGUUUGUGGACUGGUGCCCCACUGGUUUCAAGGUGGGCAUCAACUACCAGCCCCCCACUGUAGUUCCUGGUGGAGACCUGGCCAAGGUCCAGAGGGCUGUGUGCAUGCUGAGCAACACCACUGCUAUUGCAGAGGCCUGGGCUCGGCUUGACCACAAGUUUGAUCUGAUGUACGCCAAGCGUGCCUUUGUUCACUGGUAUGUAGGUGAGGGUAUGGAGGAGGGAGAGUUCUCUGAGGCCAGAGAGGACAUGGCCGCUCUGGAGAAGGAUUAUGAAGAGGUUGGAGUCGACUCUGCUGAAGGUGAGGGAGAGGAGGAAGGAGAGGAGUAUUAAAGGGACAGAAAGGCACUCGUUAGACAGGAAACAAUUGAUUCCAUUGUCCUUACAUACAUUCCAAAAAGAAAUGUUUGUCUAUUAAUUACCAGUUCGGCUGUUCAGAAUUAAGCUCCUGAAAUGUCUAUUUAAUGUGAUGGAAGGGCCAGAGAGGGCAUUAGCAGGUCCGAGUUACUCUUUCAAGGGCUGAGGAAGAGGAGUAUUAAAAGGGACAUGAAACACUAUUUAAACAGGAACCAACUGUUUCAAAUUAAAGGCAUUCCAAAAAGAAAUGUUUGUCUGUCAAAUGAGUUUGGCUGUUCAGACUAAACAAUCCAAACAUGUCAGUUCUGCUCUGUAAUAAAAAAAACAUUUCCCUGUUAUACAAA